UCGUCGGACUGGUCGGACUUCACGAGUGAGUCGGGUCGUUACGUUCAUACGAAUAGUAAUCACGUUGUGCGUGACGUUCUAACGUGUGAGUAAAGUGACGUUAAGUGGGACGAGUGAUGCCAUAUGUACAUAUGUUAGCGACAUUUGAUACUAUGCAUUCUAACGUUUAACUUCUAAAAAAUAUCAAAUCCUCGGAUACAUGUAUGGUAUCUGUCAAAAUAUUAAUGUUGUAUAACAGUAUCGAGUAGCGGCGGCGGAUGGCGGCCGCGCUCGUCCUGACGUUACUCGCCGCGCUCCUCGCCGCCGCCGGCACCUCCGAGCGGUCGCGGCGCACGGCGGGCGAGGCGGCCGCUGUAGAUAUAAAUCCAGAUGGACCCUUCACACACACGGAGAUGUCUCAGGCAGACAUCGACGCGGCGGCACAGGCCGAGGCCGAAGCGGCUGGAGUUCCCGCGUGGAGAGAUCUCUGGUACUCCUCCCUAGAAGCGUUAAGACGGGAGCCCACCAUCAAUAACACCCAAGAGGACAUCAUGGUUCAGCUCGGAGGAGUCGCUUUCCUUCACUGUCCUGUGCGCAAUCUUGGUGAACUUGGUGUGUCCUGGGUUCGCCGCCGUGACUGGCAUAUCAUUAGCUCUGGUGUAUUUAUGUACACGAAUGACGAAAGAUUCCAGGUACUUCACAGUGAAGGUUCAGACGACUGGAUCUUACAAAUUAAAUAUGUACAAAAGCGAGACAAUGGAACGUACGAGUGCCAGGUAUCCACGGGGUCCGGGACUUUGUCUCGUCUGGUUCACCUCCACAUAGUUGUCCCUGAAGCCUUCAUACUUGGAGCGGACGAGUAUCACGUUGAUGCGGGAUCGACCAUUAAUCUUGUCUGCAUUAUUGAAAAGAGCCCAGUUCCACCACAGUACGUUUUCUGGUACCACAACGCCCGUAUGAUCAACUACGACGCGACUCGUGGUGUGACGGUGUCCACGGCUCCGGGGGCUCGCACUCAAUCCGCCCUGGCCAUCCGUGCCGCCGGCCCCGCACACUCUGGGAACUACUCCUGCCGCGCCGCAAACACUGAACCCGCUCAUAUAUACGUAUAUGUGUCUGAAGGCAGUGACAAAAUGGCAGCGACCCUGAGUCGUAACGCGUCCGGUCACCCUCAGAGCCUCGUGUUACUCUACAUUGUUAUUUUUUUCGUGUCUCGCCUCGCCACAUAGACAUCCGUCUCUACGAUAGCUGGAUCGUUGAUGAUUCAUAUUUAUUUUAUUAUAACGUUGUUCUUUUACAAAAUUUAUUGGGAAAUUUAAGUUUUUUAUUUGUUAUUGAGUGGAUAGAUGUCGGUGCCGUAGUAAAUAAGCGCAAAGUUUACUGAGUUGUCUCAAUAGGAGGAGGUGAGCGCGUUCGUCCCGGUGUCACAGAAUGUGUGUAUAUAGAACUAAGAACAUUUCCUCACGUCAUCAUAAACCCUCCCUAAUUUAAAAUUAUUUAUUAGCUAUCUAGAUUGUAUAUUAAAACUAAUUGCUCAAAGCAAAUCAACCUAUGAUACUAUUCUCAUUAUUGUACAAAAUUUUAUUAAUAUAGUUAAACUAAGAAACUAGUUACAUUAAACAUACCGUUAUUGGAUAGUUUUCUUCAAGGUCAUUAAAAAGUCGGCUCAAAAUAACUGUUUUUUUGUAAAUAUUUCACACUUGGUGACUGUAAAAUAUCGAUGUCUUCAAUUUGUAAUCUAUACAGUUACGGAACUGAAAUAUAAUGUAUUAUAACAUUCCGCAAACAAAUAAAUAAUAAUUCUGUUAAA